AUCUCAAUUUCGAUAACUUCGUCAUAGCAAAACUCAAUAUACAUGCCUUCUUACUCAGAUUUCCCAAGUUUUUGUUCAUAUAUAAUGGAAUUUAAGAUCAUAGGCCAAUAAUCACAACACACAAAACAUACAUACAUUUCACCAUCAAAUAAUUAAGGAUGGCGAUGAGGGGGAGAGGCGGAGCAAGGGGCGGCGUUUCGCCAUCGUACGAAGAUUUCAAGCCCAACUCGGAAUGGCAACACGAUGAUCAUUCCCAUAGCCUCAUUAUUUCCAUUCCUGGUUUCUUGAAGGAGCAACUUAGGGUUUCGACAGAAUCUCGUAACAUUAUUAGGGUUCGUGGCGAGCGGCUCAUGGCAGACAACAAAUGGAGCCGUUUCCUCGAGGAUUUUGAGGUUCCUGAAAACUCCGACAUGAACUCGGUUCGAGCUAGAUUCAUCGAAGGGGCUCUCACCAUCACAGUGCCAAAGAAGACGAUCGACAAACCUCAUGAGCCAACGCCCCCAAAAAAAGGUGUUGAAACUCAUCAAGAUGAGAAGCAAGAGCACAGUUCCACAAGAACAAAGCAAGCCAAAGGAGACAAAGCAAAAGCUAAAUUCGAGAAGGUGGUGGCUAAGGAAGAGAAGGAUGAGAAGGUCAAAUUGAAGACGGAUGAUGUAGUUGCAAGUAAGGACAAGGGUAAAGAAGGAAAAAGGAAAGAAGUAAUCGAGUCGAGUGGAGUUGAACAAGAAGCUUUCACGAAAGCAAUGAAAGGGCUUGCACCUAAGGGUAAAGAAGGAGAAGGAAAAGAAAAGGAAGUAAUCAAGUCGAGCGGAGGUGAACACGAAGCUUUCACGAAAGCAAUGAAAGGGCUUGCAGCGAAGGACACAGGUAAAGAAGGAAAAGAAAAAGAAGCAAUCGAGUCGAGUGGAGCUAAACAUGAAGCCUUCACGAAAGCAACGAAAGGUCUUGCACUUGCAGCCAAGGACAAAGCAAAAGAAGUAAUCGAGUCGAGUGGAGCUGAACAUGGAGCUUUCACGAAAGCAGUGAAAGGACUUGGAGCCAAGGACAAGGGUAAAGAAGGAAAAGAAAAGGAAGUAAUCGAGUCGAGUGGAGCUGAACAUGAAGGUUUCACAAAAGCAAUGAAAGAGCUCGUGACGAGGGACAAGGGUAAAGAAGAAAAGAAAAAAGUAAUUGAGUCGAGUGGAGCCGAACAUGGAGCUUUCACGAAGGCGGUGAAAGGCCUAGCCGAGCUCAAUGAAGAGAGGCAGUUGAUGGUUAAUAUGGGGGUUGCUCUGCUUGUCAUUGUGUCAUUUACUGCUUAUGUCACCUACAAGUUUGCAGCAGGAGAUGAUAAGAAAUAGGCUGUCUAACAUCACAAAAUAAAUAGAAUGAUACAUAGAUGAUAUACCAUGAAAAUUAGCAUAGACAAAAUAUGUACAAGAUGAAAAACUGAAUAAGGAAUAGCAAGGACCAAAAUACAAAGAGAAAAUAACAAGAUCGUGGCAUUGAUUUCUCACAAAUGAUCUUAUUCCAAAGAAUUGUAUAGAGAAUAAACAUGAAGAAAAACUAUUAAAUCAAUUUAUUUUUUUAAUAUGGGUUACAACAGCCAUUGCGACUAAUCUAUGGGACUCGAACCCGUGCAAGAAAAUAUAUUAAAUAGAUUGAUGCUUGAAAAAAUCCCAAGUGUUCAUAUAGCACAAAUAAAUCAAGUGAAUUGAGAGUUCAAAGCUUACAUAUGGACCAGCAGCCAUUUGCUUCCCUAGAUGAAGAAAAGAUGCAGGUUACCUGUCUCAAAGAUUUCGCGAAAAAUGAACGAAGUGCUUCCAUGAUGAGAAAAUGGGAUCCUUGUUUAUUGACAAAACUGAGAAGCAGGUAUGACGCUGGAGGACAGACAAUUACACCUUGAUUCUUCCACAAAGACGCCAGUAGGAUCCGUGAUGGAAGAGAGAUCUCUCGAAGACCCAUAUAUCGCGU